CGCCCUGGUGGCGUUGGUGCGGGACUGCGCAGGCGCACGGGGCGAGAGGCUGGCAGCGCGCCUGCGCCGCGUCAGCGGGCGGAACGUCGCGGUCUCUCGGCGCCUCUGCGCGCGGGAAGAUGGCGGAACAGGCUACCAAAUCCGUGCUGUUUGUGUGUUUGGGUAACAUUUGUCGAUCACCCAUUGCAGAAGCAGUUUUCAGGAAACUUGUAACCGAUCAAAACAUCUCAGAGAAUUGGAGGGUAGACAGCGCGGCGACUUCCGGGUAUGAGAUAGGGAACCCCCCUGACUACCGAGGGCAGAGCUGCAUGAAGAGGCACGGCAUUCCCAUGAGCCACGUUGCCCGGCAGAUUACCAAAGAAGACUUUGCCACAUUUGAUUAUAUACUAUGUAUGGAUGAAAGCAAUCUGAGAGAUUUGAAUAGAAAAAGUAAUCAAGUUAAAACCUGCAAAGCUAAAAUUGAACUACUUGGGAGCUAUGACCCACAAAAACAACUUAUUAUUGAAGAUCCCUAUUAUGGGAAUGACUCUGACUUUGAGACGGUGUACCAGCAGUGUGUCAGGUGCUGCAGAGCGUUCUUGGAGAAGGCCCACUGAGGCAGGUUCGUGCCCUGCUGCGGCCAGCCUGACUAGACCCCACCCUGAGGUCCUGCAUUUCUCAGUCAGUGUGUAAUCACGUUCCAGAGCCCAAAGCCCCAGCUCUUUGUUCAGUUGACUCUUAAAAAGUAAUUGUAGAUGGAAAUCAGUUGUGUUUGGCAGAAGAAUCAAUAAAAAUCUUUGAUUCAGACAGUUUAUGGGGUAUAUCAAGCAUUCUUAGACUAGUUGAACAUCUCACUUUGCCCCAAUUACAAAAAUAGUAGAACAAGCAACAUAAUGAAGGGAAACCUCACUUGAAGGCCUAGGUCAACAUCUAAGCCCGUUGAGACUUAGAUAAUCGAGUCUACCUCUUCAGUAGGUUUGUGUGGAUGGCCUGAUGGAGGGCAGGUGCCCUCUGCUCCCCAGUCCUACCUCUCUCUUCCCCAGGGCCUUUUAUAGAUUGACAGUAGCCCUCUCCAUAGGAGCUCACAGUCUAGAUUAGAAGUGUUUUAAUUUAUACAUGCCCAUAGUGCACACUUGUAUAUUGAAAAGAUAGGGAAGAGAGAAACAUUUAUGGAAUCAGUCGUUGGCACCUUCAAUACUUCAUGAUUUUUGUUGAGUUUACUUCACGAGGAGGUCAGCUCAUUGGCUCCCAUCCACUUUGCCUCUGAAACUUAAUUACAUCCAGAAAGGACACUUGUAUGCUAGUCUAUGGUCAGUUGAGGAAUACGACUGUUUUUAUAUGCACAUGUAACCCAAAUGUCCAAUAUAAAUUGGCUUAUUUUUAAAAAUAAUUUUAAAAGUUGGGAAAAGUGUUAUUAUUUGGCAUGCUUAAAUAUUGAAUAAGUAUUCUUCAUCAGCAUUUAAUAAAUGUAUAGGCAGAUAUAAGGUAAUUUCUGUGUAUUUUGAGAUAAUGUCAAAAUCAUGAUUAUUUCAAAAUAAACUGGGGAGUUAUAAAAAUACAACUAGAGAUAUAAA